AUGACUGAAAGGCCGUCUCUCAUGCCCCCCAACGAGGGCUCGUUUCUCUCCUCUGGCAGCUUCACCCCCGCUGGCCUGACCCCCAACACACGCUCUCAAGCCGAGGCCGCCCUCCUGUCCAACAGCACUGCCCAAACCGACUCUGCAGCCCCAGACCCGCAUCUCGUCCCCCUGAUGGGCGCCGGCGGCGGCAACGAGCCCUCAGCAGACCACGGCCCCCCCGAGGCCCUGCGAGCCUACACUGGCUACCGGCGUCCGGGCGUCGUGCGCGCCAGCUCAACAAACUACGAGAACGCGCUCAAGCGCGCCCAACAAGCAUCCGUGUCGUCGGACUUCUCUGCUGACUCGGAGCUGCCCGACGGCCACACAGUCGCUGCAGGCCAUACAGUCGCCUCGCCGCCCUCGCUGUCCGGCCCCUUCCCGGCCCCAGGCCAGGGCGUCGUGCCCCUCAACUACAACUCCCCCGUCGGCAUUUCCCACGCCGAUUCGGCCUUGCACAAGAAGAGUCGUUCCCGCGGCCUCAGCCUCAGCGGUCUCGCGCAGCAGCAGGGCUGGAGCGAGCAGGACUACAAGCGCAUCUAUAGUGCUGAUCUCAUGGACGUCGAUCCUAAGAAUGCUGCUGGAUACAGUUCGGGUCCCAAGGCUUAAUUGAGAUGCUGAUUUUUCCUUGUUGUGUGUCGUUUUGGUCGAUGCCGACUCUAAACAGUCAUCGUGUACGCUGAGGGGCUCGUCGUGUGUGAGACGAGAGAAGGGCUGUGCAACGGGGAAGUGGUGAGAGACACGAGAGAGCGGGGUUUCAAGGCAGGUGGAAAUGCUCCUAUGGAAAUGCUAAUUUCAUGUUUACCCUUGUCC